AUGUCUUCAUCUACGUCAUGUAUUAAAUGCUUCAUUUUAUCUCCAUUAAAAAUGCAAGUCAGAAAUAUUCAGAACAUAGCACCGAGUCUAACUGACAAGAGUAUAAAGAUAUACUAUGAACACGUUAUGAUGAAACCUACCAAAAUUCAAGAAAGUCAGUAUACUUAUGAAUAUCCAAGGCACUGGGUAGAGUAUGUAGGAGGUGAGAAAGCUAUUGAAAUCAGACAGGUUCGAAGUAUUCCAGCAGGAAGAACAAUAUUAUUGAAGAACUUUAAUGUUUUAAGAUAUAAUGAUGAAACAAAGAAGCAAGAUAGUUUUCCUGUUGCUGUGUAUGUGAACUUAGAUACAGGAGAUGACAUGAAAGUUUUUAACACAAAGCUUCAAACGGUAGUGAGAGAACAACUGACUGCGGAAGGACAUCCAUUACCUUCAGAAGUUAGCAUAGCAUAUAAUUUUGAAACAAACUCAAUAGAUUUUAAAGUCAUCUCUGCAAAGAAGUCAGGUUUUACAUUUAAUGAAGCAGAUGUAUAUUCGAAUGAAAACUUCAAAGCU